AUGACCCUCACAAGGGACUUGGAUGCUACUGUCGUCGAAGGCAGCAUACUGCUGUGCGAUGGGCUAGCCAGCGCAGAACUCGCCGCGACUUACGCCGCUCUCAUCCUUGCCGAUGAUGGCAUUGAAAUCACUUCCGACAAGAUCGUCGCCCUUACCUCGGCUGCUAACGUCGAGCUCGAGCCCAUCUGGGCUUCCCUCCUCGCCAAGGCUCUCGAGGGCAAGAACGUGAAGGACCUCCUUUCGAACGUUGGCUCCGGUGGAGGUGCACCCGCCGCUGCCGGUGCACCAGCUGCUGCUGGUGGUGCCGCCGCUGCUGAGGAGAAGGUCGAGGAGAAGAAGGAGGAGGAGAAGGAGGAGUCAGACGAUGACAUGGGCUUCGGUCUCUUCGACUAAGCGUUGUGUUCUCAUUUGUCCUUGCUGCUCUUUAUCCGCCUUUUAUUCUCUCUGGUUCCACCUGCAUGCGUUUGUAUCUCUGCCAUCUCCCAUGCCCAUGAUAUGUACCUGCACGCCAUUUCCAUCAAAAUGAAAAUAUGACGCACAUGCUGCGUGGAUAAAAACAUUCUAUCGCCCAUGUUCAUG